UAAAUGCUAAGUUUUCCAUCAGAAAACGCAGCAACAGAACAACGGAUUUAUGUGAAUUUUUGCAGUGAUAGUUUGUGUGGGCUGGAGAGUGACAUAGGCUUGGUACCGGAAAAAUGUGCAGCUCUUGAAGGAACUGGGACGAUACACUUACGUUUACGUUUUGUCCUUCUUGUACGGCGAGAAAGAUGUUUUUUUCUCUGUUAUCAUAUUGUAUCUGUGGUCUGAAUUACAGUCUGUGGAUGAAAUUUUAUAAUCAAUAAGUUCGCCCUAAAUUCCGAAGAAAUGCUGCUUGGAAAAAACUAAUGAAACAGUUUUAAUUAAAAUCAUUUGAAAAGAAACCAUUAAUGUUUCAUGAUUGUAAAUAUACCGCAAAAUAAUAAAAGUGAUCCUUUUUCGCGAUUAAAGUGACGCGAUACGAUAUAUUUCCUUAGCUAUAGUGACGCGAUACGUUGUAAGUGACUUUACGGAGUUACUAGUGUAGUAAAAUAUGUUCUAAUUUAAACAAGUCGCAAUGGCAAGUCCAUCUCCGCAAAACAGCCCUAUGCCGCCGCCACAAGCGCCCAGUCCUAUGGGACCGCCUUCGCAAAGUCCAGCACCACCGCAGUCUCCGCAUAGUCCUUACAAUCAACAACACGUUAACGGUCCACCAUCUGCUCAUCCUCCUAAUUCUUCACAACCACCUAUGCAGAACCAUAUGUCACCUUCAGGCCCUCCCCAUACAAUUGCCUCUAAUGCAAAUGGUGGACCGCAGCAACACCCUGGAAUACCACCAUCUGGACAUCAAAUGUCGCCUCAUAUGGUUGGACAACAUAUGCCUGGACCACCAGGACAUCCCAUGAGCACACCUGGACCUGGAUCUCACCAAGGACCAGGUGGUCCAAAUGGUCAUUCUAACAUGCCUAGCAAUCCUCAACACCCAAACAUGCAAGGGCCUCCUCAUGGAUAUAUGCAGCAUCAAAUUGGUCAUAUGCCACCUAAUCAGGGUCCGAUGACAAUGGGUGGUGGACCUCCACCUCCUGGUAAUGGACCGCAAGGUCCACAAGGACCUCCUCUCCCGUUAGGAGGCCCACCACCUCACGGCGUGCAUCCUCAAGGAAUGCCACCUAUGCCGCCGCACCACAAUAUGAUGACGUCGCAAACUGGGUAUUCUCAUGCUGCGCCGUCCCCCGGGGCACCAAAUCCCCCCGGAGCGGCGCCCUCUAACCAGCCGCCGUCGGGCACACCUCCGCAGCAGCCACCCGCGGCGCAGACGCCACCCCACGGCUCCGCGCCACCCUCUACAUCGGCAAAUGGAGCGCCUUCCUCAUCUCCGAUGCAAGGAUCCAUCGCCGCAUCGGGCCCUGAUAAUCUCAACGCAUUGCAGCGGGCCAUUGACUCUAUGGAGGAGAAAGGCUUGCAAGAGGACCCGCGAUAUUCGCAACUGUUGGCCAUUCGCGCGCGAUCUAAUCCGCAGGAUCCUAAUAAGGGCCUCUUUUCCAACAACCAACUUGGACAAUUAAAAGCUCAAAUAGCAGCGUAUCGGAAGCUGGCUUGUAAUCAGCCAAUCACACAACAAAUAGCUCUGAUGGCCGCUGGGAAGAGAACUGGAGAUACGCCGCCAGAAUGCCCCACACCUCCUGCGCAGCCGCCCUCACCCUACAGUCAGGGCCCAGGGCAGGCGGGAGGGCAGAGCGCUGGCGCGGCGGGCGGCAAAGGAGUGGCCGGCGGAGACGCAGCGCGCGGCGGUGGCGGUGCGCCCCCUACACCGCUGCCCAUGACCGGCCAAAUGGCGCCGCCCACGCAGCCAACACCGCCUCUUGUGAACGCGCCAAUGGUAGGUGCACUUCCUCUGCGAGGUCCCGCCCCGCUAAGACCACCCGGUCCUAAUGUUGGGGCCUCUACUUCACAACAGCCCGGUGUGCCUACUCCGGGAGCAAAACAGAAUCGCAUUACGUCUAUACCAAGACCAAUCGGCAUCGAUCCCCUGCAAAUAUUAAACGAAAGAGAAAACAGGAUAGCAGCGCGGAUCGCGUACCGCAUGGAUGUGCUCUCUAAUUUACCCGCAAACAUGUCCGAUGAUCUUCGCGUACACGCACAAAUUGAACUGCGAGCCCUGCGAAUCUUAAAUUUCCAGAAGCAGUUACGCGCUGAGAUAUUGGGGCAAGUCCGUCGCGACACAACUUUGGAAACGGCGGUCAACAUCAAAGCGUACAAACGCACCAAGAGACAAGGUCUGCGUGAAGCGCGUGCCACGGAAAAGUUAGAGAAACAACAGAAACUGGAGGCCGAAAGGAAACGUAGGCAGAAACACCAAGAAUUCCUACAGACUGUACUGCAACAUGCGAGGGACUUCAAGGAGUAUCAUCGCAACAACGUCGCUAAACUGUCGCGUAUGAACAAAGCCAUAAUGAAUCACCACGCCAAUGCCGAGCGCGAACAGAAGAAAGAGCAAGAGCGCAUUGAGAAGGAACGUAUGAGGCGUCUUAUGGCGGAGGAUGAAGAGGGCUACAGGAAGCUGAUUGAUCAGAAGAAAGACAAGCGAUUGGCGUUCCUGCUAUCGCAGACGGAUGAAUACAUCGCAAGUCUCACGGAGAUGGUGAAACAGCACAAGCAAGAGCAGCGCAAGAAACAGCAAGAAGAAGAGCGCAGGAAGCGAUUUUUACUGUUGCAGAAAUCGCGCAAGAAGAAGGUGCUAGAAGGUGGCGAGAUUGAUGCUAUGGAUGACAGCUCCCAAACUUCCGAUUCUCGAAUAAGCGUCAUGGAUCCUAAAACAGGAGAGACGUUGAGGGGAGAAGAAGCUCCAUUGCUGUCUCAGUUCAAGGACUGGAUGGAAACUCAUCCAGGAUGGGAAGUGUUAUCUGAUUCUGAUGAUUCUGGAGAUGACAGCCAGGAUGAUGAAAGGAGAGAGAGACGAGAGCAGCGCCACGAGAAGACGGACAGGGAGAAGACAGAUGAGGAGAAGGCGCGUGAAAUGAUCAAGAAGGCGAAAGUUGAAGACGACGAGUACAAAACUGAAGAACAAACAUAUUACAGUAUUGCUCACACAGUCCACGAAUCUGUCACAGAACAAGCCAGUAUUUUGGUUAACGGAAAUCUUAAAGAGUACCAGAUUAAGGGUCUUGAAUGGCUGGUGUCUCUUUUUAACAACAAUCUGAAUGGAAUUCUAGCAGACGAGAUGGGUCUCGGCAAAACCAUCCAAACGAUUGCAUUGGUCACUUAUCUGAUGGAGAAGAAAAAAGUCAACGGGCCAUUCCUUAUUAUUGUACCAUUGAGUACACUUUCGAACUGGGUGCUCGAGUUUGAGAAGUGGGCGCCGACGGUGCUGGUGGUGUCAUACAAGGGCUCGCCACAGUCCCGCCGGCUUGUGCAAACGCAGAUGCGCUCCACCAAGUUCAACGUUCUGCUCACUACCUACGAGUACGUCAUCAAGGACAAGGGAGUUCUUGCGAAGGUGCAAUGGAAGUACAUGAUAAUUGACGAGGGUCACCGUAUGAAGAACCACCACUGCAAGUUGACGCAGGUGCUCAACACGCACUACGUGGCGCCACACCGUUUGCUGUUGACAGGCACGCCGCUACAGAACAAGCUGCCUGAGCUGUGGGCGUUGCUCAACUUCUUACUACCGUCGAUAUUCAAGAGCUGUACAACAUUCGAGCAGUGGUUCAACGCACCGUUCGCGACUACUGGCGAAAAGGUGGAGCUGAACGAGGAAGAAACGAUCCUGAUCAUCCGUCGUUUGCACAAAGUACUGCGCCCGUUCUUGCUUCGGCGUCUCAAGAAGGAGGUGGAGAGCCAGCUGCCGGACAAAGUGGAGUACAUCAUAAAGUGCGACAUGAGUGGUCUACAGCGAGUACUUUACAAACACAUGCAGUCUAAGGGCGUUCUUCUUACGGAUGGAUCUGAAAAGGGCAACAAGGGCAAAGGUGGGGCUAAGGCUCUCAUGAACACCAUCGUGCAACUCCGCAAGCUCUGCAACCACCCCUUCAUGUUCCAGCACAUCGAGGAGAAGUUCUGCGACCACCUCGGUACAGGCGGAGGUGUUGUUAAUGGACCUGAUCUCUAUCGAGUGUCUGGAAAGUUCGAACUAUUGGAUCGUAUUCUGCCCAAACUGAAGAAGGCAGGGCAUAGAGUGCUUAUGUUCUGUCAAAUGACGCAGUGUAUGACCAUAAUAGAGGACUAUUUCUCAUGGAGAGGUUUCCUGUACUUAAGGUUGGACGGUAUGACGAAGGCCGAGGACCGUGGUGAGCUACUGAAGAAAUUCAACGAGGUGGGAUCGGAGUUCUUCAUCUUUUUGCUGUCAACUCGCGCGGGUGGUCUAGGUCUCAACUUACAGAGUGCGGACACUGUGAUUAUAUUCGACUCUGACUGGAACCCGCAUCAGGAUCUUCAAGCCCAGGAUCGUGCUCAUCGUAUAGGACAACGCAACGAAGUGCGUGUACUACGCUUGAUGACAGUCAAUUCUGUGGAAGAAAGAAUCUUGGCUGCAGCGAGAUACAAAUUAAAUAUGGACGAGAAAGUAAUUCAAGCUGGAAUGUUCGAUCAAAAGUCUACUGGUUCUGAACGGCAGCAGUUUCUGCAGAGUAUCUUACAUCAAGAUGGAGAUGAUGAAGAGGAGGAAAACGAGCUCCCGGACGACGAUUUGAUCAACGAGAUGAUCGCACGAUCUGAGGACGAGUUGGAGCUGUUCAAGCAGCUUGAUAUCGAACGCAAGAAGACAGAGACACAGUCGCGGCUAAUUGACGAGUCGGAACUACCCGACUGGCUGGUCAAGGAAGAUGACGAAGUCAUCUGCAACAAGGGCCAAGGCUGGAACUACCUAGAUGACGACGAAACGCUUGGCCGUGGAUCCCGGCAGCGUAAAGAAGUAGACUACACAGAUUCUCUAACGGAAAAGGAGUGGCUCAAAGCUAUCGACGAGGAGUUCGAAGAGGAGGAAGAGGAAGAUGACGACGAUGAGGUUCUUGAUAAGAAGCGGAAGAAAGGGCGCAAGCGGCGACGCCAAGAAGAAUCUGAUGAGGAGGAAGUGCCCUGCUCCUCAAAAAAGAAGAGUAAGACGGAAAUUAAUAUGCUCAAAAAACGUCUGAAGAGCAUUAUGAAGAAAGUUGUGGAAUAUUCUGAUGAACAUAGAAAUGGCCGUGUCCUCUCGGAGCCGUUUAUGAAACUACCUUCGCGUCGAGAACUUCCCGACUAUUACGAAAUAAUAAAGAAACCACUGGACAUCAAGAAGAUUAUGAACAGGAUUGAAGAGUGCAAGUAUAUAGACAUUGCCGACAUGGAACGCGAUUUCUUCACACUAUGUGCAAACGCACAAACUUACAAUGAAGAAGCAUCACUAAUCUACGAAGAUUCUGUGCGUCUGCGUAACGUUUUUAUUGAAAUAAGACGUCGCUACGAGAAUUCUCCAAACUCUGAUGAAUCUGAUGAUAAUGACAAAGAAGAAGAGGAUUCAGAUGGAGAGUCAAACCGUUCGGUUAAAAUGAAAAUUAAAUUGAAGAACAAAAGUAAAAGCACACCUUCCAGGAAACGAAAGCAACGCAAGUAUGUCUCUGAUGAUGAAUACUUUGAGGAAGACUAGAUUAAUAUAAUAUUUUUUAAUUUAAAUCUCUAUUUAGCACUUAGUUCAUUAUAAAAAUUCGAUAAAUUAUAUAAUUAAUUAAGGAAAUCUCAUCUCAAGUAUAGAUGUUACACUCAUUAUUUAGAUUGCUGGUAUUUUAUAGUCUUCUCAAUGACUUAUUAUCACAUAUUAUAUCUUGUUGUUCUUGUAGUUCAUUAUAAAAAUUCGGAUAAAUACAAUUAAUUGUGGAAAUCAUAGAUGUUACACUCUUAAGUCUUCUCAGUGACUUAUUAUCACAUAUUAUAUCUUGUUGUUCUUAUAGUUACCGUAUUUGUUGACAACGUAUCACAUGAUCUAAUUUGACGGCCGAUUGGCGCAGUGGGCAGCGACCAUACUUUCUGAGUCCAAGGCCGUGGGUUCGAUUCCCACAACUGGAUAA